GGCGGGAGCUGUCGGAAUACGGGCGUGAAAUAGAAGAUGGAGACUGGAACAACAUCAUCUUGAAAUGACCACAGCCAUGCCACGGCUCUUCAGAGGUAUUGUGGACUUUUAGUCGGCUUUGUCAUGUCUCCAAAAGUGGCCAGCCAGGGUAAAGCAGAGGACACUGCGGUGCAGGUGGCAGUGCGAGUGCGUCCACUGCUCCCUAAAGAGGUCCUGCACAACCACGAGAGCUGCAUCACUACCCACCCUGAGGACAGGAGGGUUACUCUUGGCCACGAUCGCCACUUCUACUUUGACUUUGUCUUCGAAGAGAGCUCUGCUCAGGAAGAGGUUUACACAGGAUGUGUCCAGCCCCUUAUCGAGGCCUUCUUCCAGGGUUUUAAUGCCACUGUGUUUGCGUAUGGUCAGACGGGCUCCGGCAAAACCUACACGAUUGGGGAGGCUAACAUUUCCUCCUUCAGAGAUGAUGAACAAGGGAUCAUUCCCAGAGCUGUGGCUGAGAUCUUCAAGCUACUGGACGAGAAUGACCUCACUGACUUCUCCGUCAGAGUGUCCUACCUUGAGGUUUACAAAGAGAUCUUCAGAGACCUUUUGGAGGUUGAGACGGCAAGCAAGGACAUUCAUAUCCGGGAAGACGACAAAGGCAACAUAGUCCUGUGUGGAGUGAAGGAGUGUGAAGUGGAAGGGCUCGAUGAGGUCUUGAGCCUUUUGGAAUCUGGGAACACGGCCCGGCACACAGGAGCAACCCAGAUGAACCCUCACUCCAGCCGCUCUCACACCAUCUUCACUGUGCUCAUGGAGCAGCGGCGCGGCGGCUCGCGAGCCACCAGUGGAAGCCUGCAAAUCCUUUCCUCCAAGUUCCACUUUGUGGACCUCGCCGGAUCCGAGCGCAUCCUCAAAACUGGUAACACUGGGGAGCGGCUCAAAGAGAGCAUUCAGAUAAACAGUGGACUUCUUGCACUAGGAAAUGUGAUCGGGGCGCUAGGAGACCCCAAGAGAAAAGGCACUCAUAUUCCUUAUAGGGACUCCAAAAUCACAAGAAUCUUAAAAGACUCUCUUGGAGGCAAUGCCAAAACCCUCAUGAUUGCCUGCAUCAGCCCCUCAUCCUCAGACUUUGACGAAAGCCUCAACACUCUCAAUUAUGCUAAACGAGCUCGCAACAUCCAGAACCGAGCGAUGGUGAACUGUCGUGGAGAGCCAGAUCGGGUUGAAGGCCUGGAGCUCCAGAUCAAAGCUCUGAAGCGGGCUCUGGAGAACCGGCAGCGCUCAGAAACACGAAUCCUCGCACGUUCAGACACCGAGCGCCGUACACGGCCCCUUGAGCCAGAUGUAAGCAAGCUGCAGGCAGAAAGCGCCCACUACAGGACUUGCACAGACACAGCCUACAGGCUGCUGAUGGAGCUACAAGGGGAAGGAACGCUGAACUCUGGCCAGCUGCUGAGGGUAAAGGAGUGGCUUUGUGCCGUGGAGGAGGAGCGCAGCGGCCUGACCACAGCCUCGGGGCUGGACAGCGGCAUUGAGAGCAGCUCUACGGAGGAUACUGCCACGCUCAAAAAGGGACGCGCACUUCUAAAGGGCCAGGAACAAAAUUAUAUGAAAGAAGAGUGGAACAGGGAGAAGGAAGACUAUAUUUCCCAGCUGCAAGCCCAAAUCCAACAGCUAGAGCAGGAAAACACAGAUUUCCUUGCUGCCCUGGAAGAUGCAAUGGAACAGUACAAACAGCAGAGUGACAAGCUCCAGGAGCAGCAGGAUCUUAUAACAGAGUUACACAGUCUACUGGCUCAGCCUGGUGGGAUGGGGCUGCUGCAUCUGAAACAAAGACCCCACACUGCACCCAUCAACUCAGUACAACAAGCAAUACUUGCCCCAGGCCAUUUAACACAUCUUUAUAAUGGUGACAGUAGCGGAAGUCCUUCACGACAGGCAGGCCUGGGUGCUUCAGUAGACAGCUAUUCAUUUUCAGAGCAGGUUCAGUGGGAGUGUGGACAAGAGGACAAGGAGCAGGAGUCCUGCGGAGGAAUAGAGGACACUCCCAGCAGAGGGGGCAAAGACAAACGCAAAUGUAUGAAUACUACAUGGUCAAAGAAAGAUGCACCUUUUCAAGCAUCACCUGGACGAGCUAGAGCACCUCUGUCUCAGGUGCUGGGAGCAAGCUAUCCACCAGUAUUACACUGCAACAGACGCACCUCUAACAGCAGCAUAGGGGAGAGCUCAGUGCUGGAGAGUCUGAGAGGCUGUGUGUUGGAGCUGGGCUCAGAAAGGGGGCUGUUCUUGGCCCAGCAGAAGAUCAGGGAGCUCUCCAUCACUAUCCGGAUGAAGGAGGAGCUCAUCAAGGAGUUGGUCAAAACAGGUAAAGAUGCUCAGGCCAUGAACAGGCAGUACAGCCGCAAGGUGGCAGAGUUGGAGCAGGAGGCUGAACAGGCCCGGGCUGAGCUCACCGAGGCCCAGAAACAGCUGCAGGACCUGGAGGUGCAGGGCAGCCGCGAUGCCGCCGACCGCUCUAAAGCCCAGGAGUGCAGGAGGAAGAUUGCAGCUGCACAGAGCAAAGUGCAGGUGUUGAAGCAGAGACAGCGGGACACUGCGCAGCUGGCCUCUCUGUCUGUGCAGAGCGAGCGGCGUGUACAGGAGCUGGAGAGAAGUGUGCAGAGCCUGCGGCAGCAGCAAGACCAGCUACAUCGGCGUCUGCGAGAGGAGAGCCAACAGAAGAGGCGGCUGGAGAGUGAGAUGCAGCGAGGAAAACACCGCGUGAAGGAGUUAGAGAUAAAGAACGAGCAGCAGCAGAAGAUCCUGCGGAUUAAAACAGAGGAAAUUGCUGCCUUCCAGCGGCAGAGGAGAAGUGGCAGUAACGGCUCUGUCAUCUCACUAGAGGAACAGCAGAAGAUCGAAGAGCAGAAACGCUGGUUGGAUGAGGAAAUGGAGAAGGUCCUGGAGCAGAGGAGAAGUCUGGAGGACCUGGAGGGGGAGUUAACCAAGAGAGAGGAAAUCCUGGCCAAAAAGGAGGCAUUGCUCCUGGAGCGCAGCGGCCUGGAGACGAAACGCCUCCGUUCUAGCCAGGCUCUGAGUAAAGACUUGUUGACGCUGACGAGUCGUAUUGAAUCUCUGGAGAGGGAGCUGAGUGAGCGGAACGGUCUGCUGCGCAGCAGCAGCGCACAGGACUCUCAGCAGAUCCGGCAGGAGAUCUCAAACCUGCGGCAGGAAAAAGAGCAACUCCUUAAACAGAGAGUGGAGCUGGACGACAAACUGCGUCAGGGGAACCUGCUCUCUCCUGAGGAGGAGCGCACUCUGUUCCAGCUGGAUGAGGCAAUAGAGGCACUAGAUGCUGCCAUCGAGUACAAGAAUGAGGCCAUCACUCAGAGGCAGAGGCAGCUGAGGGCAUCGGGAAGCAUGCUCACACAGUGGGAGAUGAACUUGAUGGCCAAGCUCACCUACCUUUCUGCUUCUGAAACGCGUGCCCUGCUCUGCAAGUACUUUGAUAAGGUGGUGUCCCUACGGGAGGAGGAGCGGAGGCUGCAGAUGGCUCUGGCGGAGGUGGAGAUGCGUGUGGGGGAGCAGCAGCACCUGGUGCAGUGGCUGGAGGCGGCUCUAGAGCGGCAGCAGCUGGACACGGACCGGCGGCUAACCCAACAGCAGAAAGAACACGAAAGGAACGUGCAGCUCCUGCUGCAGCAGUGCAGAGAUCAAAUGGAUGAAGGUCUGGCUGGUAGGCAGCGGCAGUAUGAGGGCUUGAUCCACAACCUCAGCAAAGAGCUGAACAUGUGCAAGGCAGCCAAUCAGGAGCUCAGCAAUAAAAUAAAGGACAUGUGUGGACCGACAGGCCAGUCUGGAGAUCAGAGCAAGGGUGGAGCAGAGAGGGUUCAGUGCAAAGGAACUGGAGACAGUGCAAAGUGCACUCCUGAACCUGACAGAGUGCACAAAUCAAGGGAGGAAAUGCGGGAGUUGGUGCAUGCGCCCCUGCCUCCCACAUGGAGGCGCUCUUCCCUCCCCACAGAAGACCAGCAUGGCAUGGAGGAGCUCCGACAAAGGGCAGCAUGUGAGCUUCCAGCCAACAGAAUCGUCCAGCCUGCUAUGAACACUGCACAUUGGAGUGGGACAGCCUCAUUGUCUCUAAACAAACCGCGGAGAGAAUUCCGGAGAUCAAGCCUAAACACAGGACCCAUUGGUUCAAAUUCUGCCAUUAUUGAUGUUCGGAAAAAUCCUGUAUAGGAAAUUCUUUCUUUGGACAGCCGUUUACUUUUAAUACUAUUCCUCAUGCAUUCAUUAAACUGUCUGUCUAGUGUAUUUUCAGUGGUAAAUUACAAUGAACAAUUAAUAAGAUGUUGUUACAUGUUCACAUUUUUGUACAGGAUAAAAGCACUUUUUUAUAGAGUGUCAAAGUUCUUUGACAACUUGUCCAGCAGCACUCCUGUGUCUGAUCCACUCAUACCAGCACAACACACACUAACACACCACCACCAUAUCAGUGUCACUAUAUAAAUGAUAUAUGUAAAUAAUACCUGCUCUGUGGGGGUCCUGACUAUUGAAGAACAAGGUGAAAUGGGGCUAACAAAGUAUGCAGAGAAACAGAUGGACUACAGUCUGUAAUUGUAGAACUACAAAGUUCACCUGUAUAGUAAGUGGAGCUGAUAAAAUGGACAAUGAGUGUAGAAACAAGGAGGUGGGACAAAAUGUAAUGGACUUUGUCCCCCUUUAAAUGUCUUCUGUUUAAAGGGGAUUCGUCAUUAUAACUUUGACUAAAGAAUGGUGUAAAAAGAGAUUUUUACUGUUUUGUUAUCUAAAAUCUGAUUUUAUUUCAGUAUCACAACGAGAAAGUUGUUCUAUUGUGCCAUUCAUGUGAUGGAUCUCUGAUGGAUCAUAAUUGACGCCUUUGUUUUGACUGCGGCCAUCACACCGAAAACUGAACUAUACCGGCGGAAAUAAUGUAUGGACUGUUGCAGUAGUAAAGUUCAUUAACUUUAUUUUUGAUCUGUGUAAACAUUAUAAAGCAGUAUUUAAUUCA